CGGCAAAAGACCAGCUAUCCGAGGGCAGGUUGGGCUUUUGCACUCUCUCCUGAUUCAGGGUCCCGCCAUUAGGACCAGAGGCACCGCAGGGGGAUUUGAAUAGGUGUGAUUCCAGAUCUCUCACGGAGCACAGCAGUUUUGGGGUUCUCUUGUUCUCCCACCCCUGUAUUUAUAGACCCUGCCUGUCAGGAUAACAAAAAAGACCUGCCAUGUCGCAAGUAAAGCCUGCCCCUCCAAACAAGCGGAAAAAGGGUAAUCUCUCCAAGAUCAUUACAGACCUGGCCCACAUCACUCAAGAUGAGUUUGAUUCGGAGCCCGAGGCGUCUGAGUUCGACCUGGGCAAUAAGAUCCGGACCCCCCGAGACAUCAUGCUGGAGGAGCUCUCCCUCAUGAACAACAAAGGCUCCAAGAUGUUCAGGAUGAGGCAGAAGAGGGUGGAGAAGUUCAUUUGGGAAAACAACCCAGACGUCUUCUCCAGUGAGUCUAUGGAUAACAUGCAGAAGCUGGGCCCCAGUCUGGGCGGACAGGUGGAUGGAUGCUACUUUGGAGGCACGCAGGCUGGGUGGCUGCUUGGGGGAGGACCCCCCGUGCCCCCACCCAAGCCAGGAAUAAAAGCGGGCACAGGGGCUGGUGCAGGAGUAACUGGAUUGGGAGGUGCAGCUGGAGGUGGAGCAGGAGGUGGAGCAGGAGGUGCGGCAGGAGUAACAGGUGCAGGGGGUCAAGGAGGCAAUCUCCAGGAUGGAACAGGCUGGACUCCCCUAAAAGGCGGCGGAAUGGAUGACCCGACCAACCAAUCAGUUGCGAGGACCUAUCAGUCUCCAUGGGAGAAGGCUAUGAAGGGAGACGAGAGCCUCACCUCCACCAUGAGGUCUAAGAUGGCCGGGCCGGUGGCCCAGAAGGACCUUGUUCAUUACAAGUCCUUCAACAGGUCUGCCAUGCCCUUUGGGGGCUUUGCUAAGGCCAACAUGCUGAUGAAGUUCCAGCUGCCGGACAAACCGGAGGAGGAGCCAGAGCAACCGAUCGUUUACCAGCACGAGAUUGGCUGCAGGCCCUCGUUCAACCGCACUCCUAUUGGCUGGCUGGGUAGCAGCGAGCUGAAUAGCAUACACAUGGAGACAGAGGCAGUGCCCUAUGACGUAGAAACUGAUGACCUGUGAAACAGCACACUGUGACAACAUCAACAACAACAUUCAGACAACAUCAAUAAAAACCACAACAACAACAUCAACAAAAAUAUACAAAAACAUCCCUCCAUAUCACACACGCACACAACACACAAACAUGCUUGCAUGCCUACAGAGUUGCACACUUUUUAGCAUGCCCACGCUUCAUAGGUACGCUCAGAUAUUUUUACCCAUGGAUAGGUUUCUUUCAAUGGGCAAAAAAAAGUUCUUGAUGAUGGUCUAUAAACAAAGAUAUAUAGGAAUGUAUUGUCAUGUAAUAAGCUACUGGGAAAGGAUAUUAUUCAACAUAUAAUAAUCUAUCUUCACUGAAAUGUCACAUCCUGUCCAUAAUCAUAAGUCGGACUACAUGUUGGUUACAGGGUAUGUAAAAGAUGGAGGAAUGACCCUUGAAUGAGAGGAGGUUGAAGGUAAAAUGGCCUAUCGUUGUGGUUGCUGGUUUGCUCUUUGUUGCUUAUAAUGUUAUUAAGUGGAUGAUAGGUUAUGUCAAUAUGUUGGAAUGUGCAAUGACUAAUGGUCUGGAUAUACAAUAGUGACGUUUAGUCAAAUCUUCACAAUAAUGGUGAAAUGUGAUGUUUUCAUUUGAAAGUAAAAUGUCUUGCUACUGAGCGACUGUACCCCCACAUCAUUUCUCCAUAAUAAAUUAUCCCCAUUUCAA